GAACUCCGUAUACACCAAGCGGUAAAUAGACAGAUCAGAACGCUUCCAGAACUUCCAAAGACGAUACCGCGACAAUUAGACACCGCAUGUGCCACAAGAAUCUCACCGUAUGCAAAUCGAUUGCGAAAAUAUUUAUGAACAACAGGUGUGUACAAAAAGAUCCGUGUCGUGGAAAGGAGUACACACAUUUUAACCGAAUGUAAAAGAUAUGACAGGAAGCGACACAGUGAAAAAACGGUCAGUAGAAAUGGCGACAUCGCUGCUGACUGUGGUGGUGUUCCUAACGUGCAUGGGCGUCGUGAAUGGGGUACCGGUCAAUGUCGCUCUCAACAGAACUAUCCAGGCAUUGUAUACUUGUGGUCAGUUCGGUCCGGAGACUUACUAUAACCACAAGGAUGUGGACAAAGCGGACAGAGUCCGACAGGAGAUGACCUGUAGUAACGUCACCGUCCACCCACCGAGCGCCAUGGUGGACGGCAAGUCGGACACUAAAUGGCAGAGCACUAACUACUACUCCAUCACCGUCUCUGGGAAUCUGUCACUUCCAGCCUUUCCGAAGUCAACUGCAAAUUUACAUGCAGUAAUCUACAUCGACCUCAGACAGUCGUUCACAGUGCAACUGCUUAUCUUGAAGUUGGGAGAUGCCAAAAGGCCUAACUUCAUGGCGAUCCACAAGUCAGACAACCUUACAAUGGGGUAUGCACCAUGGGCGUACAAGGUCAACUUUGCCCAGGAGUGCCAGUCCAAGUUCAGUACGCCCCCGACUGACCUCCCCACUGUCCCUGGAGAUGCUGUGUGUUCACGAUACACCCAGAACACAGCUGUCACCUUUGAAACUAUUCAGUUUAAUUUCACUGCUGUUCCAAGUGAACUCAGGGAAUGGACAAGAGCCCGCUAUAUCCGAAUUGAGUUCUAUGAAAUUGAAAGGACUCUCAGCCCAGAAGCGCUUCGCUUUCAACACUUCGCCAUAUCAGAGCUUGAGGUGAUGGCGGAGUGUGUGUGUAACGGCCAUGCCACAGGCUGUGACCUCAGUGCACAGACCCAGAUCUACGAAUGUGUGUGUGGCGGCAACACAGUGGGCCAGUUCUGUGAGCGCUGUCUCCCCUUCUACAACCAGAAAGCCUGGCAGUACGGUGUAGCCUGUGAAGCAUGCAACUGUUUCAACCACUCCACGGAGUGUACGUACUCCAGCGAGGUGGAGACAAACAACCAGAGUCUGAACACGGCAGGGAAGCAGAUCGGGGGAGGCCAGUGCAUCAACUGUCAGGACAACACAGCCGGAACUAACUGUGAGAGGUGUUUGCCCAACUACUUCCGGCCGAUGGACAGGGCCCAGACUGACCCUCAGGCCUGUGUCCUGUGUGGCUGUAAUGCUGCCGGCUCCACCAUCAACAUACGGUCAGGCAUCCAAGGGGACUGCGUCAUGAACAACGACACCGCCCUCCCAGGGAUCAAGAAUCCCGGAGACUGCUACUGCAAGGCCAAUGUUCAGGGUACCAAGUGUGACCAGUGUAAGCAGGACUUCUACAACCUGGACGAGGCCAACUCUGACGGGUGUACAGCUUGUGGGUGUGACGUGGCUGGGACAGUGGGAGCCAAUCAGACCUGUGUGCCCGACGCAACAGGCCAGUGUUCCUGCAAGCCGAAUGUAGAGGGGCGGAGAUGUGAUACAUGCAAGGAUGGCUUCUAUGGCCUGGCAGCAAAUGAAAGUAAUGGCUGUUCCCCGUGUGCGUGUGACCUGGGCGGGGCCUCCUCACCCACGUGUAACAAGGCAAGUGGACAGUGCUCUUGUCGGCCAAACAUCCAGGGCAGGAAGUGUGACAGUGUUGCCCCAGGAUACUUCUCGCCAGACAUUCACUUCAUCCAUACAGAAUUCGAGGAUAGCCUUGGGGUUAUGAACCAGAGAGACAUACCUGGAUACUUUGGAAAUGGAUAUGCCAAAAUGGGGUUUGGGUCAACUAUCAAGACAAAUAUAGUGUUUCCUGGGGGAACAAACUUUAAUGGAACAUGUGACAUACUGAUCCGUUACUCAGCGCCUGGAAACACAACCGCCAGCAUGCAAGUCUUCUCAAAUGACCCCCGACCAAUGACUAUACAAUUCCCUGCGUGUCCUGACCGCUGGUGCUAUGAGCAUACCAUAAACUACAGGACACCAAUUCUCCAACCCAGUACUCAACUGUGUACAUUCAUAGUUCUGGGCACCUUGUACCUGGAUCGACUGAUAAGUGUCCCUAUUGAGCUCACCCAAACAGAACAACUGCUCAACACCAAAGACUUCGACCAAAAAUGUGAUGUCGUCACCAAUGACAUGAAGAAUGGAACUGCUGAUGAGGGCACCUGCAAGGCUGGCUGGUUCUCACUGAUGAGCUACUACCUUAACGGCCCACGGAGUUGUGACUGCAGCCAGCUAGGCAGGUCCGCUGCAUCCUGUGAUCCCUUUGGUGGGCAGUGCCAGUGUAAGGGUGGAGUGACAGGAAGGGCGUGUGACAAGUGCCAGGCCGGCUUCUACCAGCUCACUGAUGCUGGCUGUUCAAGCUGCAACUGUGCGUCCAGCAGUGUAGUGUGUGAUGCAGUGACGGGCCAGUGUGACUGUCCUCCCAACACUAUCGGCCUCCGAUGUGACUUGUGUGACUUCAACAUGUGGGGCUGGAAUGCAACAACUGGAUGCAAGGAAUGCAACUGCAACACCACCGGAUCCCAGCGGACAUGGUGUAACAGCACGACUGGGGUGUGUUCCUGUAAGACAGGUGUACAGGGAGACAAGUGUCAUGAGUGUGCGGACACGUUCACCGGCUUCAGCAGCCUGGGAUGCAGUCCCUGCAACUGUGACAGCACCGGCUCCAACUCCACUGUGUGUUACAAGGCAACAGGUCAAUGUUCCUGCAAGGCCAAUGCUGAGGGGUUGCUGUGCAACCAGUGUAAAGCAGGAUCCUUCUAUCUCCAUAGCAACAAUACUAAAGGCUGUCUUGACUGUGUAUGCACAGGCAUCACGUCCCAGUGUUCCAGCUCCACAAGCAGACAGGAGUUGAAAACUGCCACACUUGUUGAGUCAUCUCAAGGACAGCUGACACCGACAGUAUCAGUGGCAGAUAAAGAUGGUGUUACCAACGCAUCCCAGUUGGUGACCUCUUUCACCGAUCCAGCCACGAACCACGUGUCUGUCAGGACAGUCAUAAGUCCAGCAGGCAAUGUGUAUUGGAGAGUUCCACAGCUCACAGGGUCACUGCUGCCCGUCUACGGGACCACCAUCAAGGUUGAGGUCAAGGUCGAGCCUGUUGUAGCAGCGGGAACCCCAGCAGCAACAACAGCAAUUUUGAUUGGACGAGACAAGAGGCGACUUGUACAUGACAUUAAUGCUCUGGCGGUGAAUGUUACAGCCAAAAUCGACAUAGGCUUGAUAGAGACCCAGUGGAAGUGGGAAAAUGGUUCUGCCGUUACAAGGGGACAAUUUUUGCUCGCUCUUACAAACGUUGAAGUCAUUUUGGUUCCUGCUGCUUUCACAGACACAGAUCAUGUGUCUUACUUGUCACGUCUUGAGUACAGUUUGGAUGGCGCUGUGGGCCUUGUAGCAAGUAGUGUGGAGAAAUGUGAAUGUGGAACAGGAUAUACAGGACUGUCGUGCGAGAGUUGUGCGACAGGCUUCAAGCGUGCCAACGUGACCGGCCAUGGGUAUCUGGGUGUGUGUGAACCUUGCACCUGUAAUAACCAUGCCUCUACCUGUGACCCCAACACUGGGAGCUGUCUCGACUGUCAGCAUCAAACCACAGGUGCAAAUUGCGAGAUGUGUAAACCUGGUUACUAUGGUAACGCUACCAUCGGGAAUCCAAACGACUGCAGCCAGUGUCCGUGUUAUGACCCACGUGUUGUAAACACAACUUGCUACAAGGAAGCCAGUGUCAUUAAGUGUUUCUGUAACCCGGAAUACACAGGCGACCAUUGUGACAAGUGUAAACCGUUCCACUACGGUCAGCCAUCAACCCCUGGUACCGGAAGCUGCACAGCUUGUGACUGCAACAACAGGACUGAUAUCUGUGAUACAGUCACAGGAAUAUGUAAUGGCUGUGACUCCAACACAACAGGAAACCACUGCGAACUCUGCAUAACUGGCUUCUAUCGGAACUCGGUGACGAAAGCGUGUGAUUUAUGUGAGUGCAACUCAACAGGAUCAACCGACGCUGUGUGUGACCGGUACAAUGGCAGCUGUCCCUGUUAUCCUGGGGUUGGGGGAAGGAGCUGCAACACGUGUCUCGACAACUACUGGGGCUACAGCACUAGCCCGUCAGGUUGUCAGGCCUGCAACUGUGUGGAGAAGGGGAGUACGACCACCCAGUGUGCAGACCAGGGGAUGUGUUUAUGCAAGACCCAUGUUCUCUCCAGUCAACGGUGUGAUACAUGUGUUGAUGGCUACUUUGGUCUACCAGAUCAAGAAUGUACUGCAUGUAACUGCAAUCUGACUGGGGCUGUCGGUGGGAAUGCUUCGGUAUGUGACAAAGCGACUGGUCAGUGCCUAUGCAAGACAGGAGUGACUGGUCGAACAUGUGACAGCUGCCAGGCUCUAUUUAUAGACUUCAGCGACACUGGAUGCAAAGGGUGUGAUGUGUGUUCAACAUCCUUGGGUAAUGAUACUAGGAAAUUGGAAGAAAAAUGGCAGGAAACAUAUACAGUGUCACAGCAUAUUGAUGGAAUCCAGGCACAAGACAAAGAACUUCAGUCUCUUCACGCACAGCUAGAGCAAGCCAUGACAGACCUCGGUCUGACCGAAACCAACAACAGCACGGUCAGUGAGAUGACCGCAAACAUCACUCUUCAGGAAAACAGCACCAAACAGCAGGUGGAGCAACUCAAACAGAAGGUUGCCAGCUUGAAUAUAGCAGCGGGUCUUCAGAAAAACAUGUCCAUUUCUGAAGAUGCGAGGCUAAACGGCCUCCUUACUGAAAGUUUUAGCACCCUUGACCUUGCUCGAACUGAGACACAGAAAGGAAGAAACUACGAGUACAAGUUCCAGCAGUACAAUGUCACAGCACAAACGUACCGAAGUCAGGGCACUGGAGGAGGGUCACUCAGUCUCAACUUCAGCCCCCAGUUGGACCGGGCCAACACAACCUACCUGCAGAUCACUGGUGACCAGAGCCUGCAGGACAUGAGGACGAAGGCAGAGGGACAGGCUGCUACUGUAGCAGGACUGCUGGCUAAAGAAGUUGGUAUAAGAGAAAACUACAAGACUAAGUCUGGUGAACUCACGGCUAGUGAUGCACAACUCAAUGAUCUGCAGACUAAAGUGAACAUGAUUUCUGUACACCAGACACAAGCUCAGGCAUCAAAACAACAAGCAGAGGCAAACAAUGCAGUCAUAUUAGAAGCCAAGGAUGGUGUAAACAACAUCACAACUGAAGCUACGGCGUCACAGACAACAGCUGCUAGAGUCUUCAGUGAAUGUCAGGCCAUUAUGUCAGGCGACGCAGCCCCAUUACUUCCAGGUGUGACACUCCCAGCAGGUGUUGGCAACUGGACGACUGGCUAUGCAAAGCUGCAGGAGGUACAGACAACCAUUGCAGCGAAGGUGUCCAUCACGGAUGCCAAUGUGAAGGAAUCAGAACGUAAAGCACAGGCACUGGACAGUGAUACCCAGAGGGUCAAUGAUACAUUUCAGAUUGUCAGACCAAGAGGCGAGGGUGCAGUGAACGCCAUCACCAACUUUGAGAAGGUGAUACUCACCCUAAACACCACCUUGACAACAGCUGCCGAAGCAAGGGUAACCAUUGCAGAAGCACAGGCCAAUCUCAACAGUGUCACCAUAGCAAAUCUGGAGGCACAAGCUAAUGCCUCAAAGGCAGAGAGCGACCAAAUACUGGCCAUGAUUAACACCAUCAACUAUCAACCGGAGGUCUUGAACAGCCGUCUGCAAGGUGUCAACACAAGCAUUCAAAUUGCCAGAGCCACAUGGGUUCCCAUUGAUGCAAGACUUCCACAACUGCAGCUGAGGGCAGACAUACUCAAGACUCGAAGUGGAGCUGAAGUUAAUCAAGCUACCAGCCUUGCCCAAGAGGCUAUAUUGAAGACUUCAACCACGCAGAGUUCAUUGUCAUCGGCGAAUAUGACUUUAGCUAAUGUGAGGACAAGUGUCGAUACAAUUAAAAAUCUCAAUGACAGGGGUCUACAGCUCACGAGCUCGGUUUCCAACAAAGUUGGUGACAUCGAAGCUCGCAUGGACUCCAUGACAAGAACAAUAGAGGGUAUCAGGCAGCACCAACAAACUGUAACAGGCCAACAAGCAAACAUCAACAACAGAAUUGGCAGUAUUGAAGCUAAGUUGCUCCGGGCCAAGGCAUUGCUAGGGAAGUUCCGCUAUCCUGUCAAGUUCAAUGGGUCUUCAGGCGUGUCUAUCACAAACCCCUCUAAAGAUGUAGCGCUGCCUUACACGGACGUGGAGUUCACUUUCCAGAAGAUUGCAACGGUUAACAAUGCCCUGCUGUUCUUCUCUGAAAAUAAUGCCACAGUUGAAGUGCUCAGUGUUGAGAUUGUUAAUAAUCAGGUUCACAUGCAGUUCAACUGGACCUCUGGAAACUCUGCCAUCACCAGCCUGGCAAAUCUUUGUGAUGACUGCUGGUUCCGAGUGCAAGCCUCAAGGUAUAACACCUUGGUGUUCCUGGCGGUGACGUUGGUGUCGACUGGCGGUGUAGCUGCUGCUGCUGCCCCCCCUAUUACUAAGGAGCCAUUGACGUUCAACUCGCCACUUUACUUUGGAAGCCUGCCCGUUAGUGUUCAGACAAGCAAAGUCAGUAGCCGAUCUGGGUUUGAAGGCUGCAUGUAUGAUGUGAAAUUCAAUGGAGGAGAUGUGGAAAUAUGGCAAGAGUCCAUCAAUGCUGGGAACACACCUCAGUGUUGCCGAACGCCCACGCCAACACCCCCAACAUUGGCUGCAGGGGUCAGCUUCGAUGGCUUCGGACAACUGGUGCUGAAUGCAGGAGUCCUGAACAUUACAGACGUCCCACUGAAUAUCACCUUCAAGUUCAGGACAUUUAACCCCAAUGCAUAUCUGUUCCUGGUUGCAAGAGACAGUGUUCCUGUUAUGUUUGGUAUUUACCUAAGUAAUGGCUACAUUGUGUUAGAAAUUGGCACUGCCGGUGCCCCACAGAACCGCAUUCAGACAACCAACAAAUUCAACACGGGAGAUUGGUUCCAGGUUGUUGCUCAGCACAGCACCCAGAACUCCCUUCAGAUCUUCCAGGAUGGAGUGGGAUCUAUUGAAGCUGUCACCCCGGUGCCUGAUAAUCCUGUAGACUUGACACCUCUGCAAGGGCAGGACAUCACAUUCGGCUCAGAUAAGAGACCCAACUCAAUCACUGCGGCGACACUCUCCAAGACAUUCUCUGGCUGUAUGAAGGACUUCACCCACUCAAGUGGAGGCGGCGUUGUCACACGGCUCUUCACCCAGGGCGUUGUCAGUCAGACAGGAGUCUCCGCCAGUGGGUGUCCACAAACGACAAUUUCGGGCAUCAUGCUAACUUCAGACUCUUCAUUCCUGGAACUGGCUUUACCACCGGGUGUCAUCUCGAAUAUAAACAUGGAUAUUGUAACCACAAAGUCCAAUGGUGUCCUCAUGUACAUCAAGGACCCUGCAUCACCAACUGCCCUGUAUCUUGCACUAUUCAAUGGAAAUCUGAUGCUGGACUACACAGCCUCCAGCCAAGUCCAGUUGGUGUCCUUUGACCCGUACCUCAGUGAUGGACGGCUGCACUCGGUCACAGUCAACCUCACCAGCCCUGCUAUCACAGUUGACAGUAAGAGAUAUCUUUCCUUUAGUGCUGGGUCUCCGCUCACCCUGAAUGCUAACACUCCAGUGUUCCUCGGAGGAACAAAUAACAGCACUACCCUCGGCCCAGCCUACCCUGUCAAGACUUCAUUUGUUGGUGGAAUACGAAACUUGCAGAUGAAUGGCAGCCCAGUUAAUAUCUAUCAGAAUGAUGUUAUUAAAACAUCGAGAGGAGCCGACCUUGCUGGAAUCCCUACCCCUCCAAAUGCUCCCCCUCCGAUUCCAUAUACCACCUUGCCACCCCCUACCACUCUGCCGACCCCCACGUGCGGCACCCUGGCACCGUUCACAUCCAGCACUUCAGGACUGUGGUUCACUGGCAGCAGCUACUGGCACAAAACUCUUGGAACUACAGAAAAAGAGUAUUACAAGAAUCCAUUGUCCUUGUCUGUGGACUUUCAGUCGUAUGGUUCUAAUGGACUGCUGUUCCUGGCAUCAGACUUUGCAACCACUCCCACUCAGUGGCUACUCAUCUACCUAAAGGCAGGUCGGAUCCAUCUCGAUCUCAAGGGAGCAAGCUUCACCUCGCAAAUAAUGUCUGGGUUUACGUAUAAUGAUGGUGUUCGUUACAUGGUGGAUUUUCUCAUAUAUGGAACAUACGCUGUUCUAAUAGAGAAUAAAAGAAAGGAUUUUGUCAACAACGUUGGGGGAAACACAUCUGCGCCUGCCAUCUGGUCCACCAUCAAUGAACUUACAGUCGGCGGGGUGAAGUCGUCCACCACAAGGUCCUUCCUCACAAUGCUGCCACCUGUGCCUGACUUCCAGGGCGCCAUCUAUGAAGUGACUGUGCACUCUAACAAGAUAGGCACACGACCCUACAUAUUCAAGAAGACAAGCGCUGAUUCUUCAAUAACAGUUAAGGACGUAUUUGAUGUCCCUUUUCAAGCAGCUUAUGGGGUUUCUCUGAAUGGUACCAACUCGUACAUCCAGCUAGGCCCGCAGGCUGUCUCGGGACCACUGACAGUCCAGCUGACAGUAACGAACAUACAACCAUCUGCCAUGCUCUUCUACGUGUACUCGGGCCCCAGCCUUUUCGUGGCUCUAGAUACCAGGGAAUACAGAAUCAGAGUCAUCGUGGGGUCAAAUAAUGUCUCAGCCUUCACUGCGAUCAGUUCUGACAUGACCAACUUCUGUGACGGUCGGCCCCACACAUACCUCCUCAAGCUGACCACUGCUGGGGUGGAGAUCCAGGUGGACAGUAACGCCAACCUGGUGUUCCCCUACCCAGCCAACUUCCAAAUGCCAACCUUGGCUGGCGGACUUACAUCUGUUGGAGGACUCCAAAUCCAAGGGUUGGCCUUCCAGACCCAAGUGUCAAGAGCCAGCAUGCAAGGCUGCGUGCAGAGAGUUGUCAUCAACGGUGUCAACAUCGAUCCCACGCAGCACCUCGGAACCAGUGCUGGCACAAUGCUGGCUUGUAGUGCAUAACAGACUAGUCAACACACAUCAACACAGCCAAUCAACUCCACAUUACACCUGGCUACAGCAACAGUGCUAAAAUCAGCACAACAAAUAAGUUGACCAACAUGAACACCCCCAUCGCAACACCAACAACAUCAACAACAUCAACACGGCCAACAACAACACCAGAAUCAACACAGCAAACAUCAUCAUCAACACAUCAACACAGCAAACAUCAAAACCCUGACAUCAACACCACCACAUCAACACAGCUGCCAUUAACACCCUCACAUGAACACCACCAACAUCAACACCACCACAUCAACACAGCUGCCAUUAACACCCUCACAUGAACACCACCAACAUCAACACCACCACAUCAACACAGCUGCCAUUAACACCCUCACAUGAACACCACCAACAUCAACACCACCACAUCAACACAGCUGCCAUUAACACCCUCACAUGAACACCACCAACAUCAACACCCUGACAUCAACACCACCAACAUUGCCAGCACAGACUGACUUGUGGCCUGUACCAGACUGGUCUCCCCCCAACUCCAUCUUGAAAAGCUAUUUCACCAUUCCUCUGUGGCCAUGAAGUGAUGCUACAUAUAUCUGUCUCCAGAGGGGACAUUUGUUGUUUUGUCGAAAUGUUACAUCAAUUGUUGAUAAUCACAUCGGGACGGUCGGGAAGCCUAGUGGUUAAAGCAUUCGCUCGUCACGCCAAAGACCCGGGUUCGAUUCCUGACAUGGGUACAAUGUGUGAAGCCCAUUUCUGGUGUCCCCCGCCGUAAUAUUGCUGGAAUAUUGCUAAAAGCGGCAUAAAACCAUACUCACUCACUCACUGAUAAUCACAUCACCAUUACAUAAAACCUAAGGCGGAACGCAUAAAACCCCAUGUACCCCUCAUGAUCCUGCUACAACUUAUAAUGCAUAUUACUGCAGAAUGAAGAGUUCCUUAUAGUUGAGUAAAUAUCACAAUGCACCAUCCUCAGGUCCAAUGAGACAGUCAGCAUUGAGAUACUACAUUCUCCACCUGUAUGCCUAGAAAAACCCACCUUACCUCAAGGCAUCUUGUGACCAGAAUAUGGCCUCUUCAUUCUCAGUUGUGCCAGAAGCCAAUGAUUGUGUUUUCAAACCCCAGAUGAGCCGUGAUUGUUUUUACUGCUUUGUCAGCACAAGCAGUGUAAAAACCAACUCACUUGAUUUGGAUGUUUUGUGAUCAUUGCCUUAUUUCAGAGCAAAUUGAAGGGAUAUUGGAUUCCUUGAGUUUGAUUUGUCUAUUUUUUGAGACACACAUUGUUCCCUUGUACUUUGGUUUUGUAAUUUCAUACAUUUAAGUGCUUCCGUAAAUGUAUUCUUGUAAGGUGAUAUAUGAUCAAGUAGUUAGGUUUGCUUUGAGCUUGCGUCGUUUGUAUCGAUCCAUAUCCUAUCAACUUGAUACUUGUAUUGCUUGUAUUGAUCCAUUACCUAUGUAUCGAUGCACCAAAUGUUCCUUGAAUCGUUACAUCCCUACUUGCAUCAACUGUUCUGUCUUUCUUGCUGAUUGGGUAGUUUUGUGGUUAAGGUGUUUGCUUAUCAUGUUGAGUGAGAGAGUGAGUAUGGUUUUACGCGGAUUUUAGCAAUAUUCCAGCAAUAUCAUGUGGAGGCACCAGAAAUGGCCUUCACACAUUGUAACCAUGUGGGAAUCGAACCCUGGCCUUCAGCGUGACGAGCGAAGGCUUUAACCGCUCGGCUACCCCACCGCCCUUAUCAUGUUGAAGACCUGGGUUUGAUUCCAUAUGAUUACAAUGUGUUCUUGGUGUUCCUGCUUCAUGUGCCUUCCCAUUGACUCACUCACCCAAUCACCUGCUCGCUUGCUUCUUGCUCUCUCACAUCACUCACAUACUCAUUCACUCACUCCCCCACCCAUCUGCCUUCCCAUUGACUCACUCACCCAAUCAUCUGCCCGCUUGCUUCUUGCUCUCUCACAUCACUCACAUACUCAUUCACUCACUCACCCACCCAUCUGCCUUCCCAUUGACUCACUCACCCAAUCAUCUGCUCGCUUGCUUCUUGCUCUCUCACAUCACUCACAUACUCAUUCACUCACUCACCCACCCAUCUGCCUUCCCAUUGACUCACUCACCCAAUCAUCUGCUCGCUUGCUUCUUGCUCUCUCACAUCACUCACAUACUCAUUCACUCACUCCCCCACCCAUCUGCCUUCCCAUUGACUCACUCACCCAAUCACCUGCUCGCUUGCUUCUUGCUCUCUCACAUCACUCACAUACUCAUUCACUCACUCACCCACCCAUCUGCCUUCCCAUUGACUCACUCACCCAAUCAUCUGCUCGCUUGCUUCUUGCUCUCUCACAUCACUCACUUACUCAUUCACUCACUCACCCACCCAUCCACCUACUCAAUAUCCAUGCCCACCCACCCACUUGCUCACAAACUCACUCACUCAAUCUCCCAAAUUCACUCACUCAUUCACUCACUUACCCACUUACAGAACAAGUUGGUAUAAAUAAAUCUGUCCCCCAAAUUGUCUUUUUCAAUGACCUUGUUAAUAUUCUGUUUCUUCAAGCAAUGGUGCAAGUAACUAGUACAUUUCACAGACUUACAGGAAAGCAUCAACAGCAUCCUUGCCAAACCAUAUACUGAAUUAUAUCUCUGAUCAGAGGUACCAAUGGUUUGUGUCCUGUGGAAGAAAUUGAGACAUGCAGACAUAUUACUGUAACACUCAUUGGAGGUUACAUGAAAAACAGUUAGACAAGACACAGAGUACUCUCAAUGCACAACCUUUCAUCUAAUAUGUUAGGAAAUGUGGUCAACAUUAUAAAUGAAUACUAGUAUCUGGAGUGAAUAUUUAGUAAGUAUUUGUGAACAUUGACUACUGUUAUCAAACACAUAGAGCUGUCCAGAUACUUUGUUUGAGGCUACUGACAUCACUGUAAUAUCUGAAAUAAAAUAUUGUCUCUAUA